UAAUAAUAAUAAUAAUAAUAAUAAUGAAGCAUAUAGUCAUCUAGAUUCCCUGUGUAGCUGUUUUUAUCAUCCUCUCUUCUCACCCGAGAGCCAAAUCAUUUCUCUUGACAAAUAACAUAAGAUCCGUAGCCAAACCAGCUUACAGUUUUGACUUUUCAAAACCUUGCCAAAGAUGUGCAGCCCUGAGGUCUGGCCAGCCUUUGUAUAUCUGUGCGGGCCAAAGUUUAGGGCAAGAAAAUUCCAAAAUAACCAUUCAGGUGCCUUCACAAACCUGGCAUUGCCGUGCCUGGGCAUCCCACAGACUCUCAGCAGGGUUCGCUCCGGUGACUUGCUAACCUCCCAGCAUAAGGUGUGCAGCACGUGGUCCCUUUGCAUGACGCUGCGUAUUUAUUCACAGCUCUGUGAGAUCGGCUGCAGUGCAUUUUCAUUCUGUGUAUUGUUCUCCGGGGCUGGUGAUGCCAUCGCAUUGUGCUGAGUUUUUAAGAGUGUGAGCAGCACUGCUGAUGUGACUCCCUGGGAGCCUACUUUCCACUGGCCUGGGAUAAAAUUCCGUGGUUCAUUCUCUGCCGGAGGCAGGCGCGUGCAGGGAGGCAGGCACGCCGAGAGUGAUGGGGUUAGUGUAGCCAGGACACUGAAAAACGAUGCAGGAUUCGCCCAGCUCUCUGGUGAUGGAUGGCUACUCCAGCAAUGUGCCAGCCUUCCUAACCAAACUCUGGACGCUGGUGGAAGAUCCUGAAACGAACCACCUCAUCUGCUGGAGCACUAAUGGCACCAGCUUCCAUGUCUUCGACCAAGGGCGCUUUGCCAAAGAGGUGCUGCCCAAGUACUUCAAACACAACAACAUGGCCAGUUUCGUCCGGCAGCUGAACAUGUAUGGCUUCAGGAAGGUGGUGAACAUCGAGCAGGGGGGUCUUGUCAAGCCUGAGCGAGAUGACACCGAGUUCCAGCACCUCUGUUUCCUGCAGGGCCAUGAGCACCUCCUGGAGCACAUCAAGAGGAAGGUGUCAGUAGUGAAAAGUGAGGAGACCAAGAUGCGCCAGGAGGACCUCAGCAGGUUGCUAUACGAGGUACAGAUACUGAGGAGUCAGCAGGAGAACAUGGAGUGUCAAGUGCAGGACAUGAAGCAGCAAAAUGAAGUUCUUUGGCGGGAAGUUGUUUCUCUCCGGCAGAACCACUCCCAGCAACAGAAAGUGAUCAACAAGCUGAUUCAGUUUCUGUUCGGCCAGCUCCAAUCAAGCCCCGGCGGCGCUGGGAUAAAGAGGAAGCUACCUCUGAUGCUUGACAACGGGAUCUCAGCUCCACAAGUGUCCAAGUUCAGCCGGCAUUUGUCCGCGGACCCCCUCCACGACCCCUAUUUCAUACAGUCGCCAUCGACAGAACCUGCUUCUUGCUUAAACAGCCCUGCAAUUGCUGGAGGACCCAUCAUAUCGGAUGUUACUGAAGCAUCACCUUCCAACAUAAUAAAUAUGCAGUCCCCUCCCGAAAAUGACAGGGAGAAGUGCCUCAUGCUCAUCAAGGAAGAGCCGGUCAGCCCCGGAGUGAAAGCCACCGCUGAGCCAGACGUGCCCCUGCCAGGCUGCCGGGCUUGCUCCGAGCCCCCCGUGCUGCCGGUGGCCAUGGUUCAGUCUGUUUUGGAAGGCAAAGGGAGCUGUGGUGCAGCCCCACCGGGGACCUCCCAACCCUCCGAGAGAAGAGGCAGAAGGGCAUUGCUGGACAGAACAGAUAUUUCAGACCCCUUGGAGGGCACCGACUGGAGCUUGGAAGGGCUGCAGCUGCUGCUGCGGAGCCAGCAGUACGGCCUGGAGCCCGCCAGCCUCUUGGAUGUCUUUAAUCCCAAUUUAUCUUUGAGUGAGUGGAAUUUGACUGAAAUGGAAGCCAGUCUGUCCCCGAUGCAGCGACUCACAGUGGAUCUGGAGAAGAAUGCAACUGAGCUGUCCUCGAAAGUGUUCAACCCACCGUUUAACAACGCCUGCCCAGGGAAAGAUGUCAUUCUUGAAAGCACCCAGCAGUUCCUCAUUGAUCGCCAGUCAAUCUUUGGAAAUGACGUCAUCAGCUUGCCUGAAAGUUCAUCGCUUUACGUUCCAUCUGAAAAUCUGGCUUCCUACCUGUCCUCUGUGGGUGUCCAAGGGGAUAUCCCAUUAAACCUGAGCUCUUCAACUGACAACAACCAGUGAUUUAGCUUCCAAGAAACAUCAUCUCCUUCCUACCCACCCAAGCAUCCACAGGUUUGAAUGUAAAGAAACAAAAGUGACUCAGAAAUCCACAAGAGAGUUUCUUUUUGUGCCCUUUGAGUAGAUGGAAACAGUCAGUAGCUGUUGCAUUUACCCCCCCUGCACCUGGAUUUCAGUGUUUGCCCAGGAUAACAGUUUGAAAACAAAAUACUGCUUCUGGUGCUUGCUCCCAUGGGGAGUGGGAACUUGGCAGGAUUUUUUUUUUCCUUGAAAAUGCUUUUAGCAAUUUCAAAUCUUCUAAUAAAAUUUAAGUACAUCAGGGACUUCAUAAAAUAAAGUGAUCCUGACUAGUGUCUGCAACAGCAAACUGCUGGAUUUUAUUGGGGCAGCACAGAUUAGCUAAGAUGCCUGACCCUUCUGGAUGCUGGUUUUUAAAUAGGAAAAUAGUUCUAUGCCAGUCAAUGCUCUAAAAAUAUUCUUUUAUCCAUUAUCUGGUUUUGAUGUAUUUGUGCCUCUCCCUUUUCCUCCUAGGAUGAGUAGGAAAAUGAAGACCUCUCAGGGUGUGCAGAAGGUCAUUUUCCGAGUGACCACUGGCUCCUAGGGGAGCUACAGACCAUCACAGACCCCAAAACAUCCCAUGCUGAGUCGAGAGGGUUUGUUGUUUGGGAUUCCCCACCCCCACCCCCCGCCCAGUCUAUUUUCCCUAACGUAAAGGCAGGGCACCCUGUACUUAAAAAAAAAAAAGGGAAAAAAAGGAUAGACUUUUCUGUCCACAGAAUUUUCCGUGUGCAAAGAGGACUAAGGGAGCGCGGUCUGGGUUGUGGUGCUGGCUAAGUAUUUCCUGUCCAGUCCAAUGACUUUUUUCCUUGGCCUUGACCUGUUCUAUUUCCCCUGAAGAUGUGCCUGUUGGACGUAUACCAUCUGAUGAACCAGUUUAAUUGAUUGGAUCCCCUUUUUAGAAGGACUCUCAGCUGCUCAGUGUAGGAGAGAGGCAGAAGGGUUAGUCCACCAUGUCCCACUAUUUUUUUCCUCUGUCCUUUGUGCAUCUGAGACCAGCCUCCAAAGGUUGAAUUAAUCUUUCUCUUCCAUGUGGUUUCUGACAACUGAGUUUCUCAACAAAGCAGAGCUUUGUUUUUUAUGCUGUAGUUCUAAUGAGUAUGUAUUAUUUAUCUCAGUAUCCUCUAAUUGAGUUGCUUUUCCUUAGGAAAGCUACCCAAACACAGUAAGACAGACGCAGGAAAUUCAGCUAACUCAGGCCUCCCAAGGGCUUAGACAGGGCGGCGUAAGCUGUGCCAGUAUCAUUUGAAGAAAUGCUCUGCCCACUUUCAUUGCCAUGGCGAUUCUUCGUUCUCAACUGAAUUUCUGAGCAUCUUGAAUGGUCAAGCAGCAUCCACCCCAAAAUAUCGUCAAUCAAUCAGAUGAACACAGGCUCAAAUUCUCCGUAACAAGAUGAGCAUGUUUUAAAUGGACCUUCCUGUCACAGCCCUUUCCUCCAUCCAUUUAUCAAUAUGUGAACAGAUGUGUUAGUUCAGAAACAUUCACUUUUGAGCACGUUUUUCCCCCGCUAAUUACUGUGUGCUGGGAGCUCUGUCACCACCUUGGUGGCACAGUCUUUGCAGGAGCGAGGCUGUAAGCGCUUCUGAAUUAAUUCCAGCCACCGUUUUCAUGUUCAGGACUAAGGGAAAAUUCUGGCAGUCCCCUGGUAUCUAGAUGAUGUAUUUAGACUUGGCCUGGUAUUUAGAUGAUGUGCUCGAGUGUAUCACGGACAAGGUUUUCCUUUUUGACAGAUUUGUGCUUAGAAAGUUUGCCUAGAUCAGCCCAUUUGCCACUGUAUGUUGUCAUUUCCAGCGAUGGAAAGCCAGUGAGUUGCGCUCUGUUUACUUUUCUCAGAGGUAACUGAAAACUGUCUGGGGUUUCCUAUCACCAGACAGCAUAUGUUAUCCUCGUUCAACACUUCUCUGAACCUUCGUAUGCUAGAUUGCCUUAAUGUUAACACUGAAUGUAUUGAUCCAAUAAGGUAUUUAAGCGCAUGUUUAACGUCAAGCUCCUGAGUAGUUUUCCUGUAUUUUUGGGAAGGCUAUCACAUGCUUGAGGUUCGGCACACGCUUCAGUGUCUUACUGGAUUGUCUAGUUGAGGUUGAGAAACGAGCCAUCUUAGGAGAACUACUUGCAAGUUGACGAAGGUGCAGCUCAGCCAGCUGACACCACCUCAGGCUGCAGCUUUUGUACAGGGCCAAGUGGCAGGCUGCACUCGCUGCGAGUAGCCACUCAGAUGGUUCUGGGGUUUUUCUUUAGGCUUUUUGCUCUACUAUAAAUGUGAGAUUGGAGCUUGAUGGCGAGAGAGGAACAACAGGAUUUGAGAGCCACUCCUGUGAAGAAGCAAGCUUGUGUUCCUCGGCUUUUUACAUUGUUAAUUUCACUUGAAGGUGACGUGCUGAGACUGCGUUUUUGCACUAUGCUGUACAUUUGUAAAGUUUUACAGAAAACACUAAUUAAACGUGUUUCCUUUUUCU